AAUCGUGUAGUAGAAAUUUUAGCAAAUCAUAAAAAAGAACAAUGGCAUCAUGUCCAGUCACAAGAAAAUCCAGCAGAUAUUGCAUCUAGAGGUAUGUUCAUCUCCGAUUUGAAACACUGCAACCUUUGGUGGAAAGGACCUACUUGGUUACAAAAAGGAGAAAUCAUCUUAACAGACGAGAACAUAUUUACAACAGAUCUAGAAAAGAAAAAGGAAAGAAUUAAAACUCUCAUAUUGACAAACAUUAAUGAAGAAAAGAGAUUUUCUGUAAAAUUUGAAAGAUUUACUACCUUAAAUGAACUAUUAAGAACCAUAGCUUUUUGUAAAAAGUUUAUCAAGUUUAAAAAGGAUAAUAAAAAUAUAACAAUCACAACAGAAGAUAUAGAAGAAGCAUUAUUAACAUGUAUCAAAAUAGUGCAAAAUGAAGAAUUCGAAACUGAAAUAGAUUCGUUAAAGAAAAAGAACAAUAUUAAAAAGAACAGUAAAUUGAAGACGCUUAAUCCAUUUUUAGAUAAUAAUGGAGUGCUCAGGGUGGGCGGAAGAUUAGCAAAAUCAAGUUUAGAAACAAAUACUAAACAUCCUAUAAUCAUUGGAAACAACAACACUCUUGUCUCACUUAUUAUCGCCGACGCUCAUAAAAGAACAUUACAUGGAGGUAUUCAGCUAAUGCUUUGUUAUUUACGCUCUAAAUAUUGGGUAUUGCGUGCAAAAGACAUGACAAAGAAGCAUAUCCAUCGAUGUCUAAUUUGCGCUAAGGAAAGUGCAAAGGUAAAAACUCAAUUAAUGGGUGAUUUACCUUCCGUUCGUACUACACCUUCUCGACCAUUUAUCAAUGCAGGUGUAGAUUUCGCUGGUCCAUUUCAAAUUUUGAUGAACAAAGGAAGAGGUAUCAAAACAAACAAAGCCUACGCUGCGAUUUUUGUCUGUAUGUCUACUAAAGCAAUUCACUUAGAACUAGUCGGUGACAUGACGUCAAAUUCAUUCAUAGCUGCAUACAGACGAUUUACAUCAAGAAGAGGUAAAUGCGCACAUCUUUGGAGUGAUCAGGGAAAAAACUUCGUAGGAGCAAACAAAGAGUUAUGUAAAGCAUGGGAAGAUGCAAAAUUGCAAUUUGACCAAGAAAUCAUAGACAGCUUAGCAAAUGAUGGCACUCAGUGGCACUUCAUUCCUGCAUACUCACCAAACUUCGGAGGACUCUGGAUGGUGUAACUAGAGUUUAUAGCGUUAAAAAUGGAAAUAAUAUUGUUAAACGAUCUGUAUCUAAUCUUUGCUAUCUCCCAAUUAAUGAAGCUUAAGUGCCAAAUUGUUAAAGUAUAUAUUAAGGGUUUGCAUGUAAUCUUUUGAAAGGACAUUAAAGGUCCUUUGGUGGGCGGAUAUGUUCAGUCAUAUUAUGUUUGUAAUUUUAAUAUUUAGUAAUAAAGUAGAUUCAACGCGAA